AUGAGUUGGUUGAUUCUUUGUCUCGCAGGAUUGUUCGAAGUCGCGUGGAGCACCGGCCUCAAAUCCACCGAAGGCUUCACCAAACCGCUGCCUACGGUCGCCGUCGUGGGCGCCAUCGCAGCCAGCAUGUGGUUGUUAGCCUCGGCCACCAAAACACUUCCUGUGGGAACCGCGUACGCCGUGUGGGUCGGCAUCGGAGCCACCGGCGCCACAAUCUUGGGCGCGGUGAUCUUCAAAGAACCCCUCACCCUCGCUCGCAUGGGGUUUUUGACACUGCUGUUGAUCUCCAUCGUCGGACUCAAAAUGACCGGGCAGCAGGCCUAA